AUGUUUUGCCUUGUAACUGGAUAUAUUAUUCCAGUCAAUGUUGCCAUACUUAUUUAUGGUAUCAUUCUUUAUCAUGUUCGUCAAUCAUCUCGACGAGUCGUCAAUGUGGCAUCAACCAUUACAAAUCGUCAUAUAUGUAAUGUAAGACGUGAAAUGAAACUCGUACGAAAUAUUUUAAUUCAAUUGACUAUUCUCUUUUGUGGUGGAGCACUGUGUUCGGUCGUAGUACUUUGGCAAGUGAUAGGACCAGAAGGAAUAUCACCACCCGAACCACUUUACUUAUUGAGAAUCAAUUCAUUAACAGUUUUUAUAACAGUGAUGCUCAUUGUAUUGUUCGGCAUGAAUGCACAGAUGAAUGAUGAAAAAUCUGAUGAUCAAAAUUCAAAGCGUCAAAAAAAUAAUGAUAAUAUUGACAAAGGAGAAUUAACAGUUAAUGAAAUAAUGACAAAUAAUAGUAGAGUUAAUGGAAGAAGUACAACAAAACGUGUACCACUUUCAUUAGAAGAAAUGCUUGAAAAAAAUAAGAAAGAAAAAGAAAUAAUCUCAAAAGAUGGAAAAGAUCAAAAAAGUCGAGAUUUAGCAUUAGCUCAAUUAAGACAAGAAAUUAUGCUUGAAUCACCUGUAUCACAAUGUUUACCUCAAUUACUUGAUCAUCCCGAUGCACAAGGAUGGGGUGUGGAGUGUGGUUGA